AUGGAUGCCGCUAAAGGCAAGCCUGGAACCCGAGCUGGUGCGGAUGGCCAAGCAGUUCGGGUGACGCCACGCAGGUCCUUGGAGAGACUGAGCUGCUCCUCACCCUGUCCGCUGGGGCAGAAUGCACACAGACCUACAGCCCUGGCUGAGGGCUCAUUAUUCCGUGCUCAAGAGGGCCAGGCCCUGCGCUUGGUGUGUGUUGCAGACAGCAACCCCGCUGCCGAGCUGAGCUGGACCCGGGGCAGCCUGACCUUGCAGUCCUCACAGCAAUCAGGCCAUGGGGUUCUGCAGCUGCCUCAGGUGGAACUGGAGGAUGAUGGGAAAUACGUGUGCAGCGCUCAGCACCGGCUGGGCUCUCAGAUGGCCUCAGUGAGCCUCUUUGUGAAGAGCCCACCACAGCUGCUGGGCCCCUGGUGCUCCUGGGAGGCCGAGGGUCUGCGGUGCAGCUGGUCCUCCUGUGCCCAGCCUGUCCCGUCCCUGCGCUGGCGGCUCAGGGAGGGGAUGCUGGAGGGGAACAGCAGCGACGCCUCCCUCAUGGUCACCUCCAGCUGGGCCGGGCCCUGGGCCAACAGCUCCCUGCAUCUCCUGCGGGGACUGAGCUCCAGCCUCAGGCUCAGCUGUGAGGCCUGGAAUUCCCAUGGGACACAGAGCAUCACUGUUCUCCUGCUGCCAGAGAAACCUGGAGCCAAGAUGGGAGCCGUUCAGGGAGCUGUUGGGGGAGCUGGUGUCAUGGUCCUGCUCGCUGUCCGUCUCUGGCUCCUCUUCUUCAUGUGAGCGGCGGCCCGGAUUUGGAUGAAGGCAUCCUGAGGAGGUGGUGGUGUGCAGUGGUGCACAGCUCAGAUAUUCUGCAAGACCGCAACCCCAGAGCUGAGGUGCCCUGAUGAGGUGAAACGGACAGGGGUGGGUGCGGCCAGUUCGAUUUGCAGCGAGCGUUUAGCCUCCUGCCGCCAUGGGCGGAUACAGGGCCAGUUCCCAACACCCACUUCCUGUUGCCCAGAAGAAGGCUGCGUCUGCUCUUGCCAUGGUCUCUGAUCCCAGACCGGAGCCCUCACCUGCUGCUGCCCCAGUCGUGCUGGGCUCCCGACAGCCAGCGAGCCAGCCAGGCUGAAAGGCCCUGGUCUCUUUCCCCAGGGUGAAGAUCUACAGGAGGAAACUGGCAGAAAAAGGAGCAAGUGGGGAUGGCACCGGUCCUGUGAAGAGCGCCGUCUCCCUGGUGAGGGAUGUGGCCAUGUCCACCCCGGGUCCCAGCUGGGUGCCGACCCUGGGGUGACCCAGGGCAGCCCCCUCAGCGUAUCGCACUGAGCUCCUGUUUCCCCCAGAAAGUCUUCCUCCCCAGAUUUCCUGCUGCUGCCAGGCUGGGCACCCGGGGGCUUGCAUCCCUGCUGCAUCUCCCAGAGCCAGUGAUUCCCCAAGGCCUGCCCCGUUCUCUUUUCUACCAAAGCUUUUCUCAGUGUAAGCCUUUCUUUCCUGUCAAGCCCUGGUGUCUCUUGCCUGGGUCUUCCCUCCACGACUCCCUCUCUCCCUCUCAGAAUCAGCUCGUAGAAAGGAGUCCCCAGAGCACCUCGCUGUUUGCUUUGAACUAUCCUGAGCAGCACCGUCCAAUAGAAGGAGAAAUAGAGGGCUGGGGAUUUAGCUCAGUGGUGUUGCCGCCUGCCUUGCAAGCACAAGGUCCUGAGUUUGAUCCCUGGUACCAAAAAAAAAAAAAAAAGAAGAAGAAGAAGAAGUAGAAAUAGAACAACAGGGACUGGAGACCUAGUUUGGUGGUUUAACACUUGCUCAGCAUGCACGAGGGCCUGGAUUCAAUCCUCUGCACCACACACACACACACACACACACCCACACACACCCACACAUGUCAGCCAUGUAGCUAUGUCCCAUGUAUGGGACAUAAAAUUUUCUAGCAGCCACCUUUAAAAAGAAAGAUCACUGUGAGAUCAAUUUCAAUAGAAUGCUUUAUUCCAUCCAAUAUAUCCAAAGUGUUAUGAUGCUAAAUAUUAUCAAUAAUGAAUAUAUAAAUUAGGAAUAAGCUGCUUUACAUUCCUUUUAAAAUUUGGGGUACUGAAUCUUCCGUACCCAGUGUUUAUUCGGACUUGCAGCACGUCACUACUCUGACCCAGCACACUCCACGCUCUCACGAAUCACAUGGGCCUGACGGCUGCCAUACUGGACAGCACAGGAUGAGGGCCCGAAGUCCACACUCCUGGGUCUGGUGUCCACAGCUCUGCCCCCUGCCCAGCUCACCAGCCUGCUUCCUGCAUCUCCCCUUCCAGUGCUUUGCUCCCAGCGAAGUGAGCCUCUGCCCUGAGGGUUAUUGUCUGCCUGACUGUACCUCUGUGUGCCAUUUCCUCUUGCCACACGCUUCACCCUGCUGUGACUUCCGGAUCCUCUUUCACACUCCAGUUGAAAUACACUCUGCCCUCUGCCCAGCAAAGACUCUCCAAGCCUCCUAGGACAGUCACAGACCUGUGCCCCGCACCCACAGUGAGGCCCAGGUCUCACCAGGCCUCUGCAAUGCUCACCCACAGCACCCUGCCUCUGCCCAUCAAACCACAGUGCUCGGUGCUUGAGGCGUUUGCUCUUCUUGCCUUCUUUUUUUCCUUUUUAAAAAAAUGUUUGGGCAGGCUGGGGAUUUAGCUCAGUGGUUUUGCUGCCUGCUGCAUUAGCUCAAGGACCCGAGUUCGAUCGAUGGUACCAAAAAAAAAAUUUUUUUUUUGGAUAGUUUGAUGCUUCUCUUUGCCCAGAUAGCCAAAGGUUGGGGCCUGUGUGCUGAAGUGUCACUUCACCUUGCUCAGUCUGCUUUCAUAUCUGAAAGUAAGAUAGCAGUCACCGGAAAGUUGUAAGGAUUCAGUAAGAUAAGUAGCAGGUAAGGACCAUUUGGAUUCUAAUUUGUUAGGGCGGCGUGUAGGUCAGUGAUAGAGUGCUUGCUUCGCAUGUGCAAGGCCCUGGGUUCAAUUUUAGUACUGCAAACACAAAGACUUUUAAAAUGUUAAAGGUAGCUCAGUGCAAUGGUACAUGCCUAAAAAUCUCAGCACUCUGGGAGGCUGAGGCAGGAGGAUGAAAAAUUUGAACACCCUGGGCAACUUGGUGAGAACCUGUCUCAAAAUAAAAAUAAAAUGUCUGAGGAUACAGCUCAGUGCAAAGACAUGUGGUUCAAUCCUCAAUACUACCAACAAACAAAACAACGACAAACCACUGUUAAAGGUACGGAUGCAGAUAAAUAAAUGAGUGAGUGAAAGAAUGGGUACCUGGUGAAUGCGUGUGAGUCUUCACCAAGCCCAGGCUCCCCGGGAACCCCGGCACUGACUCCCGUCUGCCCCACGUCAGGGUCAUCAUGGGCCCCUGAACAUGGCCGAGGCAGGCGGUGCCCCAGCCCACCCCGCCUCUGCCGAAGGGCAGGACCAGGAGCUCCAUUAUGCCUCCCUCAGCUUACAAGGGCUGAGGCCCCUCGAGCCUCAGGACCAGGACUCCAGUACCACAGAGUACGCCGAGAUCAGGAUCCAGAAGUGACAGUGCCCUCGUCCCAGCCCCGCCCCUGGCUGGAGCCCUGGAGAGGCCUUGCUGAGGAAGGAGCAUCUCAGAGCAGGUGCUUGAAGUGAGUCAGCAGCCCUCUGAACCGGAGGCUGCAAGUCAGGAGGGGAGCUCCUUGCAGUGGCUGAAGCUCACUUGGUAAUGACCUUGCAGUCCUUUGGAAGGUCAGAGCCAGACUCUGCUACCUCGGGCAAAUCACUUUACCUCCCUGUGCCUCCACUUCCUCCCCUGUAAAAUGCGGAUAAUAUCAUUAGGUAUAUUAAGUGAAAAAUUGCACAAUUUGUAUUGUUAAGUAUAUUGCUAUGUGUACAACUCUUAACCACCUUUACCUCAGCAAGGACAAGGGAGAUGUCACCUUUUGACUCUAUGAUAUACUGGUGUUUACUUGACCAUUUUAAAGAACAUAUAUUGUUUUUAAAAAUAAAUCUAUUUUCUUGAGUA